AUGCAAAAUUCACCUACAAAGACAUUUGGCGAAUUUUUGGUGCGGACCAUUGAGCGAAUGCGUCCAUCUGUUCUGAGAGACUCCUUUGGACGAGGGGUUGAUGACUGCUUGCUCGAAAGAACUUGGCAGAUGGAAUGGUACCGUACUGCAAGGACCGCAGCACCAGAAGAAUCAACAAUUAGCCCUGAUGUCGGAUAUGUCUUUGGUUCAGAUGGAUUCCUUGACUUCUACGUUGAUGGUGAUUAUGGCUGGGGGGUUGAACUGAUGCGUGAGGGCAAAAGGCUGGGGGACCAUGCAAAGCGAUUUGAACAAGGUGGUCAAUAUGAAGUAAUCCCAAUGAAUGAUUGGGCCAUUCUUGACUUUCGUCAUCACUUUAAACGUGUUCGGAAUUUAAUGCCUAACUUCUGGUACGUACUCUACUCGGAUGAUUACAAGCAAGUUACGAUCGUGCGUCAUGACAAGGAAGAUCGUGUUCUUCGCCUAAUCGGGGAUGAUUUUAAGUGA